UACUUGGCAUCAGAGCCGCGAACGUGGAUGUCGACGAGCGUCGACCGGUUUCCCGUGCGUUUGCGGCGGCCGUUGUGGAGGGAAGUCGUCUGGUUUUUCGCGGACUGCAGUGCACGGUCUUUGUCGCAGCUCCUAGAAACAGCCGUGUAUUCCGAGAAUGAUGCCAAAAAGAGCGCCAAGAUACAUCGCUACAAUCUGAGGAGAUACCAUGUCAUCCCCCCUCCUACCGCACGUGUCCGAUGGAUCACGGCCGAAAUCCAACGAUGGGUCGACAGAGCUUUCACAGCAUCGGCAGAACAACUCAGUUCCCGAACACUCCGAAGAUAGGCCGCAGAACAGCCCGGAAGAGGCGGAAAAGUCUCCCAAGCCAUCGUCUGUCUGCGAGAAGCUAAGGGGCUCAGUCUGGGGCCUGACUUACGUCUAUCAGACAUUUUGGAUCGCAGCUAUCAACUCUCUACUCGCGCCUUUUUUUCCAGCCCUCGCGGCUUCAAGAGGAAACAACACGUGGUUGUUUGGUGCCACGUUUUCGGUGUUCCACGUCUUGAUGCUGCCGGGGAGCUUUCUGGCCGAAAUUCUGAUAAUCAAAAAAUCACUGAAGUUUGCCUAUCUGAUAGCAGUUACAGGUUUUACUAUCUACGCUUCUCUUUGUGGGGCUAUGUAUUGGAUUGACGAAGAAAAUAGUUUUGUAGGAUUUGCCAUAUUCAACGCAGCCUUUGGUGGAACAGCCAUGGCGAUCUUCCUUGUCUCAAUCAUCACUGUCUUUACCUCAGACAGCAACGGAGGACUCUGGAUGGGCAUAAAGGAGAAUGUUUCAGGGGUCGGAGCUCUGCUUGGUCAAGUCGGCGGAGGAUUCUUUAUUGACCACUGGAAAUACCCAACGCCAUUCUUCGCGUUCACCAUUGCUCUUGUAUUGGGCAUUCCAUUCAUCAAAGUGCCUCGUUCCGAAUCAUUGGACGAAAAAGACGAGUCCACAGGCAGAGCUGACCACGUUAAUGAGGAGUGCGAUCAAGGAGACAUUGGGAUAAACGCCACGCAUUCCCAUCUUCGCCACAGUCAGCCUAAAAAUCGUUACAAAUUGCUCUUGGACCCCAUGUUCCUCGUGAACAUCGGCAAUAUAGUAAUGGCCUCGUGUCUCGCCGCCUACAAUGAAGCCACCCUGCAGCCUUACCUUAUUCAAUUCAACUUAUCCAGUACUGAAGUUGGUGCCGUGUUUACUGUCAAGUCCUGUGGGCAGUCAUUCGGAUCACUAAUAGCCGGAAUGCUCACAGUUUACAAGAUGGAACAGUUUUAUAUUAUAUUUGGCUACGUACUAAUUGCCAUAGCACUACUUAUUGUAGGCCCUGCCUCAUUUCUGCCAUUUCAACCGAGCCUGACCCUCAUCUACGUUGGUCAGCUUCUGAUCGGGCUUGGAUGGUCUGCUUUGACAGUCUGCUCUAUUACACAUACGCUUAGAUAUGUCACGAACGCGGCUGGAUACCCAAAUGAUCUGAAAACGACCAGCUUCAUCUCCAGUUCUGCUUGCCGGUGCCUGCUACUUGGCGGUAUGAUUAUGCCUCCCAUUGCUACGUUUAUUGUCACGGGCUACGGUUACCGGAAAGGGUCCAUGUUCAUGCUGGGUACACUGUCAACUUUCGCGUUAAUUACUGCGGGCUCCUGGCUCACCGCUGCACUUUGUGCGUCAAACGCAAGAUUCGAGGGAGACUCCGAUCGGCAAACACUGUGGCGAGGCAGUUCAGAGAAUGUCGGCCGUCCCCAAGAUCCCCGGUUACCUACCAUACUUUCGCGAACCGACUCAAGUGUCAACGACGCCCCGGCGUAAUUUAUUGAUUUUGCAUGCAUAUAAAAGUUGUAUUGACAUACAAAUAAUUAUAAAGAGUCACUGGCAGUCUAAGAAACGCCGGGCGUGGCUUAUUAUAUUCAGGCAUCUCGUUUCUUGGUGCGUUGACUAAGAAGCUUUAAAUGGAUGUUCACGACUCGCCACGUCUCCCAUUUCGUGUGUUGUUAGUGAGUAGAACUAUUUCAACAAUAGACAAAUCACACACAAUAAAAAAAUGUGUUUCUGUUAAUUAAAACAAAUUCUCAAUGUGGAGGGCAAGUCGUCUGCUUCUUGCGCAGGAAUCGCGGUGACGUAAGAACGGCGCCGAGCUCUCAUUGGCUUUCAUAGAAAGGAUAGUAGGUAGACGUCUAUGCUAAAUGCCUUGAGGUCUACCCACUAUAUGUUUAACCAGUCGAUAGGUGCUCGGUUUUGUAACAACAUCGCAACCCCUGUGCAAGGAGCUGCCGAACUUGCGCUCUGCAUAGCUUCAUUAACUCUCGUAUGGGCUACCAGCAGACCCACUUUUUCGAAUUAUGGACAGACAUUAAAAUGUCCAACAGAAAUGAAUACAAAAAACACGGCACUCCAUUGAAAUUUAUGUUUGAUGUUGUGUUGCCUAGUCAUUUUCUUAAUAAAUGCCCGAAAUAUUUUAAUAAAUGCAUGGGCUCAUAU